CCAAGCAUAAAAGGCGCCAUUUGCCCCGCGAGACAUUUAAAACUUCAAAAAAUUUUCUGUCUGUGCCCUAAAAUCCUCAUUUUCUGCAACAAAAGCAAAACUACUCUUCACUCUUCACACUUCCCUCUGUUUUACCGUGAAACCAUAUCCGAACUCCUCAGCCGCGCCAUGAUUCCUCACCCCUACGUCAUGGAUUCUCAGAACAAAGCUCAAGAACUCGCCUCAAUGAUUCUUGACGCUUCGUCUCCAGCUAAUAUAUCUGCUUCUUGCACUGCAAUCGAAACUUUCCUUCAAAAGUACAACGCCGACCAGAGCCGAUCGUUCUUUUCGAUUGCAUUUCCUGCGCUUAUUUGCAAGAUUUUCGGGUUCGAUGAAUCGUCGUCACAGAAAUCGCCCUCGUCGUCUAAUGGAUGGAUUGAUCAGGUUCAGGCGUCGAACAAUUCUGAACUUGCAGGUAGGAUUUUUAAUCUCCUUUCCCCGCAUGGUGUUUUGAUUUCAUCGAUUUCUGCUGUUGAUCGGCAUUCCUUGGUGAAGUAUGUCUUUCCGUUCGAGAGAUUGCCGGAAUGGGCCAAGUUUAUGCUUCAGAACGGGAGGGAUUGCGGUGUUUUAUCUGAUUUAUGUCCGUUGUUUAAAGGGAGGAUUAAGGAGGGUCCAGUAAAGGGUAUUUACCAAGUUCAGUUGAACGUGUUCGAGUACUACAUGUUCUGGUUCGCUUACUAUCCUGUGUGCAAAGGGAACAGUGAGAAUUCCAAUGCAGUGGUGGUUACGAAAAGCCGGCGGUUUAGGAUAGAGAAUUGGACGUCUUCUCUUCCAGUUUUGGGUGGUGCCAACCGUGGUUUAGGGCAAAAAAGCGAAUGUGGCUUGUACAUACGACUUCUUUAUGCUUACCUGCGAGUGUUUGUGCCGAAUUAUGGGUCCAAUUCCAAUCAGCCGUACCGUAGUUCUCUCCUUAAUUAUUCAUCGGGAUAUGACGGCUCGAUUGCUUCGCAAGCGGAGUUCCUGGUUUAUACUUUAAUAAACUUUUGGUUGGUUGAUAAUGAUUUUUCACCACUUCCUGUAAGUGUAUGCCAAUCUUUCGGUUUAUCUUUUCCUUUUCGAGCAGUUCUGGGUGAGACUCCCCCAGCAUCUGGUCUGGGAGAAGUUGUUAAGUUUUUUCUAAAGUAUCUCAUGAAAAGCUUGGUAGCCCCGGGGGAAGGUUCUGAUUCAGUUGAAUAUAGCGGAAGUCCUCAUUGGAGGAAUUCAGGUUCUUUUGAUGCUGUUAAUUCUAGGGUUGCGGUAUCAUCUUUAUCUUCAGGCAGUUCUGUUGGUUCCUGGAACUCUUUGAUCCAAAGGCCGCUGUACAGGUUUAUAUUAAGGACAUUUUUGUUUUUCCCUAUAGAGUCUUCAGUUAAGAAUGUAUCUCAAGUAUAUGACCUCUGGAUCAGUUACUUGGAACCUUGGAAGCUUAGUAUGGAGGAUUUUGUGGAGCUUGAUGCAUUAGUAGAUCAACCUAUUGAAACAUCAAAAAAUGGGAAUGCUGAGUCUCCAGUUCAGAGAGAUGCGAUCAAGGAUACUUGUCAAUCAGCAGCUGGAUAUUCAUUACCUUGGAAAAGCUAUGUGGUAUCCAAUUACCUGUUCUACAGUUCAUUGGUAAUGCAUUUUCUUGGAUUUGCUCACAAGUUUCUUCACACUGACGUGGAAACAAUAACCCAGAUGGUGCUGAAGGUACUGACCAUUCUAACAUCAUCAAGAGAGCUGUUGGACUUAGUAAAGAAAGUAGACGCUGCAUUUCAUUCUAAACCAUCUGGGUCUCCUUCACUGAUACUUGAUGGCUUAUAUAAAUAUGUUCCUUCCAUUAGAGAACAGUUGCAGGACUGGGAAGAUGGCUUGUGUGAGAGUGACGCUGAUGGAUCCUUUUUACAUGAGAACUGGAACAAGGAUUUACGUCUCUUUAAUGGUGGUGAAGAUGGUGGUCAUCAACUCCUCCAGUUGUUGAUAUUACGAGCGGAGUCUGAGAUCCAAGGUACUUGUGGUGAUAAUGUGGCAAACAACCUUCAGACCGUGGGUUCUCUGAAAGCUCAGAUGUGUUGUCUAUUUGGUGGGUCUGUUGGGGAUUCCAGGUCAUUUACACCAGAUAUUAGGCAGGGGCAGCACCAGAGGGAUGAAAUAUUCAAGCCUAGGAGGAUUGGGAACCAGCCAUUGCCCGCAGUUAAAUACAAAGGGGACUGGAUGAAGCGGCCCAUAUCUGAUGGAGAGGUUGCAUGGUUAGCAAGGCUGCUGGUCCGAUUGUCAGAUUGGCUGAAUGAAAGUCUUGAGCUAAACCAUGAAGAGAGCAGCCAUGAAGAAGUUCCAUCUUUGUCUUAUGUGGAGGUGUCCAAUGAUGAACCGGUUAAGGUUGGUGGAGGCAAGGAUGCUCUGAGGAUGGUUUUGUCUUGUGUUGCCGCUUGGCUUGUUAUGGUGGGUUCAGCUGUACUGAGGUUCAUGAAAAUACAUGGGCUGAGGGUGAAUCUGAGGAUGUUGGCAUCGAAGAAGGUCGUGAUGGUUUUCCUUGUAUCAUUUGUGUUUGGUGUUUUGAAGAAGGCUUUUGCCUGCAUUCACAACCCUGGGGUUGUCUGGCAUCUUUGACAUAAUGACAUGCUUGAAAGGAAGGAUACAGCAUGAUUUGGUCCCUUGCCGUUGCUGAUAAGGUCUUGGUUAUAAGUUAAUCUCUCUGAGAGUAGUAGCCUAGGCCUAGCCUCCUUUAGCAAUGUAUAUGCGUGUGUAAUUGUAAAGAAGGGAAAGAAAAGAAGAGGUACAAGUUUUACAUUUCGCGAGCAUUUUCCUUCAUUUUUGUUGGAAAGAAAUUCUCCGUUUGAUGCCUCGGUA